GUGUUGUCAGGUUUUGACCAAAAAUGAAGACCCGUCGCUGCAUAAGUAUUCACUAAGGAUAGUUAACUCGUAUCGAUCGCUAACUGUGAAGUUUCAAAACAGACGACAAUGUUUGUCGUGGAAGUCAUCUCUGGAGCAAGCCUAUGAGGAAUGUCAGUGGAACACACAGUAUCGAUUCUCAGCCUUUGCACCUCCUCGUGCUGGGUGUACUGCUCGGGUACUUGUCGAUGGUCGGGAACAUAUGAGCCAAGUGAUGGCUUGUAUAGAUUUGGCGCAAGAUGAAGUGUUCAUUUCGGGCUGGUGGAUUACGCCGGACUUACCCCUCACAAGGCCGUACACUGAGGGUUGUCUGUUGGUAGAUGUAUUGAAAAGGAAGGCUGAUGAGGGAGUGAAAAUAUUUGUGGUUGUUUAUCAAGAAAUAUCUUUGGCAUU